ACGGUGUCAGUGAGCGUGAGCAUCCUGACGUUAACGUUCAUUUCGAUUGAUCGAUGGUACGCAAUAUGCUUCCCGCUGAGAUUCAAAUCCACCACCGGGCGAGCGAAAACGGCCAUAAUCGUCAUCUGGGUGAUCGCAUUCCUAUUCGACAUCCCGGACUUGCUGGUCUUGCAGACGGUACCGAGGCCGCUGCGGGUAAAGACCAUCCUCUUCACGCAAUGUGCACCAUCCUGGAGUCCACGGAGCACCAUGAUCUUCACCGUGACCAAGUUGAUCUUGCUCUACACGGCCCCCUUGAUUUUUAUGAGCAUCGCCUACUGGCAAAUUGUCAAAGUCCUAUGGAGAAGCGACAUUCCUGGACACAACCUGAGCGCCAGGGUGUGCCAAGCAAACGGGAUCAUCCCCGGCGGCGGGAACCCAGAGGGACAGCUAAGGUCCCGGAGGAAAGCCGCCAAGAUGUUGGUGGCCGUCGUUCUGAUGUUCGCCAUUUGUUAUUUCCCGGUGCACCUGUGGUCCAUCCUCAGGGAGACCGUCGACCUGCCGGACAAUCAGCUGACGACCUCCGUUAGCCUCCUGGCUCACUGGCUGUGCUAUGCAAACAGUGCGGUUAAUCCCCUGAUCUACAACUUCAUGAGCGGUAAAUUUCGGAAGGAGUUCAAGCGCACUUUCUGCUGUACUCGAGAUGGAAGUCCCCAUAGACGAAGACCGUACACUUUCACGGACGUCUCGAAUGCCCAUGGCCCUCGAGGAAACCUCCUUACAAGGUCCCUCCACAUGGUGACCAUUAACAACAACAACAUCAGACAAACAACCGAAGUGAUCCCUCUGAGCGCAGUGACAAAUUCAGAGAACGACAAGCGCGAAUAGUAUAAACGAAUGAAUAAUUUUCUUACAAAGGUCUCUUCUAUCACGACAGAGAAUAAGCUCCUCGAGCCCUCUCCUUAUUUAUAUAUUUAUGAAUAUUGCAAUAAAUGGUAUUUAACGUAAACUUAUGGAUACAAGCCAGGGUCUGCUCCUGCCCCGAUUAAAUGAUUUCAGAGGAUCGAGUCGUUAGAUCAUUAGCAAUGAUUAAGAAAAAAAAAAAGAAGAAAGUGCGCGUUCAUUUGUACGAACAAUGUUGCAAAGUAGAUAGCAUUGUCACGCGAAGGUGUUCACAAUGAAAUCCAGAAAUCACGAGCGUUACUAAUCACCUGUAACUCGGUACAUCGAUCAUUUACAAAGUGUAUAACCGAGGAUGAAAAUAAAUAUUCAGAUUACUCCGCGGCAU